CUACCAAGUUAGCCUGCUGUGGUUUCACGGAUGCUGAUGGAAGACAUGGAGCUAUUGGGCUUGAGACAGCUUAUUGCAGCAAUAACAGUAGCCAGAAUAUAGCAUUGUCACUUCCCUGAGUCAGUUCCCACAGCGCAACACGAUGAGAACCCAUACACACAGUGGGGGUCCUCACAGGACGAGAACUCUGAGCUUAGAGAACCCAGAUCUUCUAUAAUGGGCUGUGAGCUUGCCUCCCCUUUGCUCUGUAGGGACACACUGUCUCCUACUUCCAAAGCUAUAGAAACAAACUUCACUAUACAAACAACUUUGACAAGAUAGUCUGGAGGCAGUCAGUGCCUCUGGUCACAAUAUGUGCAGAAAUUCGAGAGACCCAUGGAGAGUUGCCUCCCGACGCUGUUCAGCUUAAGAAGUGGUACUUAACCAGUACCUUAGAAGCUCCCAUAGGCCCCUUCCCAGUUUCAUCUGCCUUCCUUGCUUGCUUGGCAAAGAAUGGCCGCAUGGAUUCCGAGGAUCGGAGGAGCCGCCACUGCCCCUACCUGGAUACCAUUAACAGGAGUGUGCUGGACUUUGACUUUGAGAAACUGUGUUCCAUCUCCCUCUCGCAUAUCAAUGCAUAUGCCUGUCUGGUGUGUGGCAAGUACUUUCAGGGCCGGGGUUUGAAGUCUCACGCCUACAUUCACAGUGUCCAGUUUAGUCACCAUGUCUUCCUCAACCUCCACACCCUCAAGUUUUACUGCCUCCCAGACAACUAUGAGAUCAUCGAUUCCUCGCUGGAGGAUAUCACGUAUGUGUUGAAGCCCACUUUCACAAAGCAGCAGAUCGCUAACUUGGACAAGCAAGCCAAGUUGUCCCGGGCAUAUGAUGGCACCACUUACCUGCCCGGUAUCGUGGGCCUGAAUAACAUAAAGGCCAACGACUACGCCAAUGCCGUCCUUCAGGCUCUGUCUAACGUUCCUCCUCUCCGGAACUACUUCCUGGAAGAAGACAAUUAUAAGAACAUCAAGCGUCCUCCCGGGGAUAUCAUGUUCUUGUUGGUCCAGCGUUUUGGAGAGCUGAUGAGAAAGCUCUGGAACCCUCGAAAUUUCAAGGCACAUGUCUCUCCCCAUGAGAUGCUUCAAGCUGUCGUCCUUUGCAGCAAGAAGACUUUUCAGAUCACCAAGCAAGGGGAUGGAGUCGACUUUCUCUCCUGGUUUUUGAAUGCUCUACACUCAGCUCUGGGGGGCACAAAGAAGAGAAAAAAGACUAUUGUGACUGAUGUUUUCCAGGGUUCCAUGAGGAUCUUCACUAAAAAGCUUCCUCAUCCUGAUUUGCCAGCAGAAGAAAAAGAGCAGCUGCUCCAUAAUGAUGAGUACCAAGAGACGAUGGUGGAGUCCACGUUUAUGUACCUGACACUGGACCUUCCUACUGCCCCGCUCUACAAGGACGAGAAGGAGCAGCUCAUUAUCCCCCAGGUGCCGCUCUUCAACAUCUUGGCCAAGUUCAACGGCAUCACUGAGAAGGAAUAUAAGACUUACAAGGAGAACUUUCUGAAGCGCUUCCAGCUCACCAAGCUGCCUCCAUAUUUAAUCUUUUGUAUUAAGCGAUUCACUAAGAACAAUUUCUUUGUGGAGAAGAAUCCGACUAUUGUCAACUUCCCUAUUACAAAUGUGGAUCUGAGAGAGUACUUGUCUGAAGAAGUACAGGCAGUGCACAAGAAUACCACCUACGACCUCAUCGCCAACAUUGUACACGACGGCAAGCCCUCUGAGGGCUCCUACCGGAUUCACGUGCUUCAUCAUGGGACAGGCAAAUGGUAUGAAUUACAAGACCUCCAGGUGACUGACAUCCUUCCGCAGAUGAUCACACUGUCGGAGGCUUACAUCCAGAUUUGGAAGAGGCGAGAUAACGAUGAAACCAAUCAGCAGGGGGCUUGAAGGAGGCAUCUAGAGCUUUGCUCCCAGGGGGCUUUGGCUGAAGAUGGAAAUAACGAAUACUGAGCACAGGCUGAUGGCCCAGCCCCUGAGCCAGCCCAGGUUUUAUGUGUCCUGGUUCACACCAGAGCAUCCCCGGUCCUUCUGCCUAGGAUGGCUCUGUGCUGUCACUCAGCUGGUCUUUGAUCAAUUUAUUGUAAAUGGAUGCUCCUUUCUCCUUCCUGUCUGUCUCCCUUCUAGCAGGCCAGGACUCUUUUACAGAUGUAUGUAAUUUAUUUCUGAAUAGCUGGGAGUAGCUGAAGGACAAGAUAGUUUUCUUCUAAGCAUCAAAGCCUCAAGAUUAUAGGAAUUAGAGCUUGCAACCAGUAACACCCUUCUUCCAUCAUAGGUAGAUAGUUUUCUUAUAGUUCUCUUCAUUUCUUGGUGUGUGUUUUGGUAUGGAUUAAAUAUUUUCCUGUUUUUAAA